CGCCGACCUCCCAUCUCGAGCACCAUGGCAGGCGCGGAAAAUGGUCAAAACGGUCUCCGGCAACGCAACGUCAGCGGUAACGGCAACGGCAAGCCUGACCUCACCGUUGCGCGGGUCUACGUCCCCACCGCGGAGGGCAGGAAGCGCGAUGAGGAACUCGACAAGCACACCGAGUAUGAAUUCGGUGGCCCUUGGGGUGUCCUCUCCAUCAUGACCGGCUUCCCGAUUCUGAUGUACUACCUUUGGAUCUGCCUCGUCUUCUACGACGGCUCCCUCGUGCACCCGACCUCCGUCGACGACAUCAAGCCAUUUCUCUGGCGCAUGUGGGAGCACAUUCGUGUCGAUGCCAGUCCGAACGCGUAUGCGUGGAAGGUCUACGGCGGUCUCAUCGUCUACCAGCUCUUCCUCGCAUGGGUCGUCCCCGGCUACAUGCAAGAAGGCCUCCCCGUCCCCUCUUUGGGCUACAAGACUCUCAUAUACAAGUGUAACGCCAUCGGCUGCAUUUACAUUACCAUGAUCACCGCUGCCCUCUUGCACUACUACAACAUCUUCCGCAUGACGGAGAUUAUCGACAACUUCGGCCACCUCAUGACCGUCGCCAUGAUUGUCGGCUUUGGAGUAUCCUUCUUCAUGUACUUCAUCACCGUCGCCACCGGGAACGCGAUCCGCAUGUCCGGCAGCUUCAUCUACGACGUCUUCAUGGGCGCGUGCUUGAACCCUCGCAUUGGCCCGGUCGACCUCAAGAUGUGGCUUGAGGUCCGCAUCCCGUGGGUCAUCGUGUUCUUCAUGUCCGUCUCGGGUGCAUGCAAGCAGUACGAGCAGUUCGGCUAUGUUACUCCGAAUAUGGCGUUCAUGGUCUUGGCGACUUGGCUCUACCUCAACGCGUGCGGCAAGGGUGAAGAAUGUAUCCCCCAAACCUGGGAUAUGUUCCACGAGAAAUGGGGUUUCCUCGUCAUCUUCUGGAAUUUCGCCGGUGUCCCCUUCUCGUACAUCUACUCCGUCGUCUAUAUGGCUUCGCACGACCCUUCGAACUAUCGCUUCUCGACGCCGACUUACAUCGCGCUCUACACGACGCUUCUCACCGCAUACUACAUUUUCGACACAUCCAUGUCGCAGAAGAGCCGGUUCAAGAUGCAGACGCAGGGCAUCACCACCUACCGCAAGACGUUCCCCCAGCUCCCCUGGGGCACGCUCGAGAACCCGAGCUACAUCCAGACUGCGCACGGUAACCGCCUCCUUACCGACGGCUGGUGGCGCUACUCCCGCAAGCCCAACUACGUCGCGGACUGGGUCAUGAGCCUCACGUGGGGUCUCUCCCAGGGCACGUGCUCCGCGAUCCCGUACUUCUACUCGGUCUUCUUCAUCGUCGUCCUCAUCCAUCGCUGCGGGCGCGACUUCGAGCGGUGCGCAAUCAAGUAUGGCAAGGAUUGGGAAAAAUACUGCUCCAUCGUCAAGUGGAAGUUCAUUCCUGGCGUCUACUGAUUUGCUUGCGCGAUGCGCGAUGCUGAUCUUUCUUCCGCUGGGCUUCAUGGGUCUACGGAUGGGCUCAUGACUUGGAACGAUUGAGUCAUGGCGAUGCAUGACGCACGACUUUUUAUGGUAUAUACCUCCCCUCGCAUUUUUGAAAGCUCUUGUAUACCUAGUCGCCCUCAUGGCGGACGAAAAAAGUGCCUUUGCGGGGGGCAAUAAUAUAUGGCGGGAGCUACGUGCUCUCCUUGAUUACUG